CCGGAAGCUCUUUGUGGGGAUGCUAGGGAAGCAGCAGACAGAUGAGGACGUUAGGAAGAUGUUCGAGCCUUUCGGGACCAUAGAUGAGUGCACUGUGCUCCGGGGGCCAGAUGGCACCAGCAAAGGCUGUGCCUUUGUGAAGUUCCAGACCCAUGCUGAGGCCCAAGCCGCCAUCCACACCCUCCACAACAGCCGGACCCUGCCAGGUGCCUCAUCCAGCCUGGUGGUGAAGUUUGCUGACACCGAGAAGGAGCGAGGUCUCCGCAGAAUGCAGCAGGUGGCGAGCCAGCUAGGCAUGUUCAGCCCCAUCGCUCUCCAGUUCGGAGCCUACAGCGCCUACACCCAGGCUCUGAUACAGCAGCAGGCAGCGCUGGUGGCAGCGCACAGCGCCUACCUCAGCCCCAUGGCCACCAUGGCUGCUGUGCAGAUGCAGCACAUGGCUGCCAUCAACGCCAAUGGCCUCAUUGCCACCCCCAUCACCCCCUCCUCAGGAACCAGCACCCCUCCCGCCAUCGCUGCCACACCCGUGUCUGCAAUUCCUGCUGCCCUGGGUGUCAACGGCUACAGCCCAGUGCCCACCCAGCCCACCGGGCAGCCUGCCACUGAUGCUUUGUAUCCCAACGGGGUUCACCCCUACCCAGCCCAGAGCACCGCGGCCCCCGUGGACCCCCUCCAGCAGGCCUACGCGGGGAUGCAGCACUAUACAGCAGCCUACCCCACAGCCUACAGCCUGGUGGCACCUGCAUUCCCGCAACCUCCUGCCCUGGUCGCACAGCAGCCCCCACCGCCCCCCCAGCAGCAGCAGCCGCAGCAGCCCCAGCCGCAGCAGCGGGAAGGCCCUGAUGGCUGCAAUAUCUUCAUCUACCACCUGCCCCAGGAGUUCACUGACUCAGAAAUCCUCCAGAUGUUUGUCCCCUUUGGCCAUGUCAUCUCAGCCAAAGUCUUUGUUGACCGGGCUACCAAUCAGAGCAAGUGUUUUGGCUUUGUGAGUUUCGACAAUCCAGCCAGUGCCCAGGCUGCCAUCCAAGCCAUGAACGGUUUCCAGAUUGGCAUGAAGCGCCUCAAAGUCCAGCUAAAGCGGCCUAAGGAUGCCAACCGGCCCUACUGAGGGCCCCAGGUCUGGAGACAACAGAGGAAGGGGCACUUCCCCCUUCCCCAUGACUGGCCCCAGCCCUCUCUGCACAUCUGCCCAGGCCUUGAUUGGGCUCUGGGGCAAAAGCUGCUUCAUGGCCCUGGUGGCACAGGACACCAGCCCACUCCUACCACUCCUCCUUUCCUGAGAGGCUUGUUUGCUCCCAGGUGCCCUUUUGGCCUCUGUGAGGGAGCAAGGGACAGGCUUGAAGGCUCUGGAGCAUCUGCCUUCUGCUGGGGCUCCUGUGGCAGGCCUUCGCACCGGCCUUCCCCCACAGCUGGCCUGUUCUUCCUCUGUGGCCCUGGAAGGGCAACAGGGGCCUCCCACAUGUUCCCCAUCACACCAUCAACCCCAGCCUCUUCUCCACAUUAGGGGUAUCUCAGAAGGUGGUUCUUCCUCCCCGCCACCCUCAGCUAGAGGUAGGAUAUCCCUGAACCCUGGGCACCCAGCCCUGAAACUCAACUGCCUCUCCCAAGGGCCCCCUCUGAGGAGGGUGUUGGGGAGCCCUGAAGGCUGCCCUUCUACCAGUCAGCCACAGAGACCCUCCUCCUUUCAUGAGGAAAAGACCUCUCCCAAGCCCCUAAAAAUGUUUACAGUCUCUGCUGGUCCCCUCCUUGUAAAUACCACUACCACCCGUGCAUUAUCGAGCCUGGCCUGGCCCGGAUGCUGCCAUCUCUCUUUCUGGGAGUUUAGACAUUGUUUCCCUUGGAUUUUUUCUCUCUUGAUUUCUCCCUUUGUUUUGGAGGGUAAUUGGGUAUUUGGGAGGUGGGGUGUGGGGAGGGCUAAAGGGGUUUAUUACAUGAUCAUUUUCUUUAGGAAGAGGUUUUAGGAGAAAAAAAUGGGGUGGGUGUGGGUGUGGUAAGGGGAGACUGGAGAGUCAGUUUCAGACACUUCUCUAUGCUUAACUUAUUUAUUUAUUGCAUUUUACUUUUAAAGAGUUGGUCUUUUCUGUUU